AAUUUCAGACAUGCUGUGUUUCUAUCAGGUGAUAAAAUAAUUCGAUCGGCGAAUCAUUGAACGAUACUUGUAGAUCCGGCAAAUUCAAAGCGCAAAUACUUGACAGAACGGGUUCAAACGCACGGCGAGAAGAUCAACGUGCAAAAUAUAGUAUAUAUACCGGUGAGAAGGAGAGUCGGCUAACACCAGCCGGCUGACUGUAGCUACGUCACUGACUGGAAAAGCAAUAGUUUAGUCUGGUUUAGUCAUCGCAAUCUACGACGCUUAGGUAAGCUCACCCAGUCCGCGUAUCGACGUUCUCCACGAACGUGCACAUCGCGCGAACUUUGCACAUCUUAUUACAUUCUGUACUUGUCUUGUACAUUCAAGUGGACAGGGUACGCAUUGACGAAGAGAUGCCGGUGAAGAUGAAUUGGCCCAUGCUGAUGGCGACGAUCUCCCCUAAUGUUGGCGGCUGGAUCGGCGGCUUCAUCACUAGAAAGAAUAUCAACUGGUACGAGACGCUAAAAAAGCCGAAAUUUAUCCCGCCGAAUUGGGUAUUCGCGCCCGUGUGGACCACCCUCUACUGUACAAUGGGCUACUCGUCGUACCUCGUGUGGCGAGACGGGGGUGGCUUCGAGGGGGCGGCCGUACCGCUCAGCGUUUACGGCCUUAAUCUCGCCCUCAACUGGUCGUGGACGCCGCUGUUCUUCGGGGCUCGCAACAUAAAAUGGGCUCUCUACGAAAUUGCGGCGUUGUGGGUCAGCACGGCGGCGGUCGGGGUCGUGUUCUACCACGUCAGUCCCGCUGCCGGCUAUCUCAUCAUCCCCUACGUCGUGUGGAACUCUUUCGCCGCGGCAUUUAAUUACUUUAUCUAUCGGGACAACAAACAGCUUCCUGCCGUCGAGAAAGCCGAGGGAAAGAAGCACUAAGAAAAUUUUUAUUUAGCAAAGAAACGAAUAGAGAGAAGGAAAAAAAUAGAGAGACAGAGAGAGAGAGAGAGAGAGACACAGACACCACUCUGUGAUGUCUGCUUAGAAAGCCAGCUUUUGGUGUCAAAAGAGCAUUCCUCACGAGACUAAUGCUAAUGGUGGGCUUAACGAGUACUUUGAAUCAGAGAUUUGAGUAUAUAAAAAUCGAGUAUUCGCACAUAUCUAUCUCUGUUAAAAGAGACACUUUAUGAAAGCGAUGAAAAGAGGAAUAUAUCGCCGCAAAGUAUUUCAGAAACCUAUUGCUUUCUUGACUUAUAUUAGUAUAGCAUAUCGAACGAAACACUUUGUGGCAAUGUCUUUUUUUUUCCUUUUUUUCCCAUGUAAAGUUAUUUAAAAAAAAAAGAUGCGAAACUACUCGUUAUUCAAAGGCGUUGAAAAACUUGGUAUUCUGGCAUCGACAUGGAUAAGCUUAGCUUAUCGAUUGGCUAUGCUUUUUUUUUUUUUUAAGUCAAAGAGAUAAUCGAAUGCCCAUCAUUCACCCUUUUACUUUCGUACAAUCGUCGUUAUGGACCACUUCAGUCGUCGGGUUCGACGAGACGUGCCUUUGCAUUGAACGCACAACGCCGUUAGUAUACACAUGUUUAUUGAUCGAUAUACGAAAUAAAGAUUAGCUAACCGACCACGUGUACGUACAUUAUACAGUGUAAUAUCUUAAAUGUACUAAGCUUUAAUAAAUCAUAUAAAGUAA